UUCAUAUUUUAUUUUAUGUCAUUUACCAGUCGUGUUAUGGGUCUUCUACCAAAAGGUGGUUAUGCAGAAUAUGCUGCAAUUGAUGAGAAUCAUGUCAUGGCAGUUCCUGAUGGUCUCUCUCUGCAUGAGGCUGGUGGAAUACCAGAAGUAUGGUUGACGGCGUAUCAACUUCUACAUUUUGUAGGUAAUGUGAAGGAAAAUGAUAUUGUACUAAUUCAUGGUGGAGGAAGUGGGGUCGGUACAGCAGCAGUACAAUUAGUUAGACUCGCUGGAGCUAUUCCGAUCGUAACUGCGGGAACAAAAGACAAAAUAGAUACUUGUCUCAGUCUUGGUGCAAAGAAUGGAUUCAAUUACAAAGAAGGAGAAUUUGCACCUGGUGUAUUGGAAGCUACGGGCGGAGUGAAUCUUAUCCUUGAUUGUGUCGGAGGUUCUUUCUGGAAACAGAAUGUUGCUUGUCUUGCACCUGAAGGGACUUGGGUUAACUAUGGUCUGCUUGGUGGAGCAAAUAUCGAUGGACCUAUACUUGGAUUACUUUUGGCAAAACGUGCAAGUCUUCUUACAACCACGCUGAAGAGUCGAAGCAACGAAUACAAGGCCCGGUUGAUUUCAGAAUUUUCUAGAAAUGCUUUGCCCUAUUUUGUAAAACCUGCUAUUGUUCAUGGACAAGAAAUUCGAUUAAAACCAAUCAUUGAUAAAGAAUUUAAAUUGGAAUCUGCCUCAGAUGCUCAUAGACAUGUUCUCGGAAACAAAAAUAUUGGCAAAGUCCUAUUAAUAGUACAAGAUGAAAAGGAUUGAUGAUUGAUGAAAAAUGAAAUGGACCAUACUGGGUUAUUGUAACCUAUUGCAUUCUAGAAACAUAUGGAUCUGUGCUUUCAAAUUUUUAAACCUUUUGUACAAUCUCAUUUUCUGUUCUUCUAAAAUGUAUUUGCUAUAGAUUUAGCUGGCUUUAUGAACGAAUCAUCUGCAGUAGAAUAAUUUUUAGUUUUACAAAUUUAAUUGGUAAUAUGGCCUUUUUUACAAUCCUUUAAAUUGCAAAAAUUAUGUCUGCAAACUAGGUAUAUGACCUCAGAGAGGGGGCAGUUGGCUUAUUCACAUGUGUCAUUGGUUUUCAAAUAUUGGUUACUACUUAAUUAUAAAUACUAUAUAGGAAUAAAUACCUUUUGGUUCUAUUAGAGCCCUCAAAUGUUUGAAUUUUAUGUAUUGCUACUGUUGGUUAUGGCAUUGAUUGAUACAUAUUAUAUCCUUUAUGCAUUUUUAGUGUCCAUCAAAGGUUAGUUAUAGUUAACUGAGUACCAGUGAAAUGGAAUAACUUGAAUAUUAGACAAGAUCAUUUGUUUUGAAAUCCUCCUCAAAUAACCAUUUUUUAAUGUUAAAUUUCUAAUUCAUCUUUUGAAUAUUACUGUUUUAUACUAUAAUUAUGUUCGACCAAACUUUUCCACCAUUUUUAGAUGCUUUUGCAAUUAUGUGUUAGCGCUCCGCUGGUGUUCCAUGAUACAGACAUAAGCAAUGCACUAUUUUAUCUUUCAGA